AUCAAUAUUUGUAUAAUUAUACGAUUGAACAAUUUAAUCAAAUUUUAAUAAAACUUCGUGUACGCUGGAGGGUUGACGUCAGUACGCGUAAGUAAGUGUUAGUGAUUAGAAUAAAAAUCUUUCUGAGAUUUAACUAUUUAACUUCAUUAUUUACAAAAUAAACGUAACACCUACAAAUUAUUGGAUUAUCUAUGUAGGAAUAACGUGUCAGUAUACUACUCUGUCGAGCAAUUAAAAAACGCAGCAGGUAGCAGCAAGUUUUUCGCACUAGAACUUAUUCACACAUUAUUAGAGAAAGGAGUAAGAAAAAUUCUUACAAAACAUUAUUUAAGAAAAUUAAAUAUUAUUUUUAUGUUUUCGAUGUAUAAUAUAACAAAAAAAAUCAGUAUGUACGAAUAAAAGAAGAAAAAGCAGUAUUUCAAAUUAUAGCUUUAUUCCUUUUUAUGUUAUUGCAGAAACUAAAAGAAACAAGAUAAAUUUUCUUCAAGUGUCAAUAACGUGUCAUAAAUACUAAAAGUAUUUUCUUUUUAUAUAAUAAAUUUUUUUAAACAUACUAGUUUUUGUAACCACAUGGCAAUACUAUCAUAUGUCAAAAAUUUCUGAUGAAGUUAAUUUUAUAUUAUAGCCAUUCAUAUUAUUGAAAAAACUUUUUCUUGAAUAAUAAUAUGAAAAUAAAUAACUCAUAAUAAUAAAAAUCCAAAUAAACUUAUUUACUAAUGAUUAUAUAAUUUUAUAUAUUUAUAUUUAUGAUAUUAACUAAUUUGUCAUUUUAUUAUGAAGAGUAAGAAGAAAUCAUUACGGUAAUUUCAAAGCAAUCCGCAUCAAUUCGUUAUUGCAAACCCAUACCCUUGUAGUAUACAACAUCGUUAUUAUUUCAGCCAAAAUACAAACUUUUCAACGAUUUCGGAAUAUUGAUUGAAAACACGCUUAACAUAAAGGACGCAGCAACAUAAUAUUCGAUAAAAUAAACAGUGUUAUCUUUCACGGAUAACCAGACUUCUUGGAACUACAUUGUCUUCUCCAAUUAAAACCUAUUGAUAAAAUUUACACCUGAAAUAUAUUCUUACUUCACUUGUUUUCUUUCAACGCGAUAAUAUGGAUAAGGUUAAUAUCAAUUGCGGAACAUAGAAAAAUUCACAAAUGAAAUUAUUUCACCCCCUUUCUUUGUUCUUUAUAAUUGUUUCCAAAAUGUUACUAUACGAAACAAAACAAAGAGAUAUAUUACAACUCUUCGAGCACGUACAAUGAAAUCCUGUAUGAGAAAUAUUAAUCCUAUACCGACACGUGAAAGAGAUUUGGCACGAUUUCUUUUCUUUCAGGCUGAUUAAAAUUCGGCAUAUAUCUGGAAAAACAAAAAUAUAUUUCGAACUCCACGUACGAUAUAAUAAUCAAAUUUAAAUAUUUUCCCACGUAAAACCAAACAAAAACAUAUUGAAUGGCUCAGACAUAUCACAGUUGCCUAUAAUUGUUAAUGAAAAUACUAAUGCAUCAGUUAUCAUGAUUGGCGAAAAAGAAAACGAUAUUAUUAAAGAAAUAUUAACAAAAAAAAAAUGUAUGAAUAGUUUUAACUCUCUUGCAAAAAUUAUUAUUUAUAAUGUACAUUAAUUGAAUUAUACAUAAUGUAAUAUAUAACAUUAAUAUGUAUUAUUACGAUAUACUCAGGGUUAGUUUACAAAUAGAGAUUUGAAUGUAUUAACCUUGAUAGUUUGUAGAAAUGUUAACUAGUAUCUUAGAAACAUUUAAGAUAACGUACUAAUUAUACAGGCUCACUUACGGAUAAAAUCAGCAAAAUUGAUGACAAUGUAACUUUUCCAUUAAAUUUUUUCAUCGCAUUACACUGUUACAUAUAUUUGUUUGGAGUUUACUGUUGAAAUAGCUAUCUCUUAAAAAUGUAGCAAACAAGUAACAGCACAUACAAUUAUUUAAUCAUUCCAGAGUAACUAUCUAAACAUACCUACGAUCAAUAAAGUUAUUCUUUACUAUAUUCCUUUCCUUUUUUCAAUGUUUUUGAUUAUUCUAAUCGUUUUAUCAAAUAGUUAGAUAAAUAUUUAUAUGUGUAUUUUCGCUUGAUAAAGAAAUUAAGAUCAAGGAUGUGGCAACUUAAUAUUCGAUAAACACUAGCGUUAUGUCCCAUGAAUAACCGGAUUUCUUCAACCUGAGGCCUUGUCCAUAGUCUGCAGAUUUCAUUUCGACUAAUUGUUGCAAGUGCAUUCUGAUAUCCAACAAGAGAUAUUAUUAUUAUGAAGAAAAAGAAAUAAAUAAAAAUAUUGUCAUUGGACGUAAAUACGAAAUGCUAAUUCGAAUAUUUGAAAAAUACAUGAAUUGAAAAAAUAAUAAAGGUUAUUUAUGGAUGAAUGAUAAUCUUGUUUGAUUACUCAAGCUUGAUCUUUCGAAUUUAUAAAAGGGAAGGAGAACUAAGAUUUCACUGAACGUCCUUGAAUGAUCAGUGUUACAGUAUAUAAACAGUUUCGCUUUCAUCAAAAAGGAAAUCAAGACCCAGCUAAUUAAAAGUCCAGAUCGAUAAUAACAACCACAUGGCAACUACAGCAGUAGCGAUACAAACGAGUAUGACUGCACUCGAUAUCGGAAAACUGAGUAUCAUACCGUUUCUAAUAUCUGUCUUAAUUUAUUUCAAUUAUUAUCUAAUAGAUCCCGUAGAUCAACCACAAGUCACGAAAAAUCUAUUAAAGGAAUACGAUUUCAUAGUGAUAGGUGGUGGUUCAGCUGGUAGUGUUGUUGUUAAUAGAUUAACAGAGAAUCCAGAAUGGAGUGUACUUCUUUUAGAAGCAGGUGGUUUCGAAAACUUGAUUACGGACAUACCGAUUUUCUCUACCUAUUUACAAAAUACCAAAAUAGAUUGGAAAUAUAGGACUGAAAACCAAGAUAGUGCUUGUCAAGCAAUGAAAGAUAAACGUUGUUGUUGGCCCCGUGGAAAGGUAUUAGGAGGUUCAAGCGUACUUAAUGCCAUGCUAUAUAUUCGUGGGAAUCGUCGUGACUUUGAUCAAUGGGAAAGCUUUGGUAACCCUGGUUGGGGAUACGACGAUGUACUCCCAUACUUUAAAAAGUCACAGGACCAAAGAAAUCCAUAUUUGGCGCGGAACACCAAAUACCAUAGCACAGGCGGUUAUUUAACUAUUCAAGACUCUCCUUAUAAUACGCCUCUGGGUCCAGCCUAUCUUCAAGCUGCAGAAGAAAUGGGUUAUAACAUCGUGGAUGUAAAUGGCCAACAACAAACAGGCUUCGCAUUCUUUCAAUAUACAAUGCGCAGGGGUGCUAGAUGUAGUGCAGCCAAGGCAUUCGUACGUCCCAUCAAAUUUCGAAAGAAUUUUCACCUAUCGUUAUGGAGUCAUGUUACGCGUGUUCUCAUAGAUCCAAGUACCAAAAGAGCAUACGGUGUAGAAUUUAUUAGGAAUGGUCGUGUGGAAACCGUAUUUGCGAAGAAAGAAGUUAUAAUUUCGGCAGGUGCUAUAAACACUCCUCAAUUAUUGAUGCUGUCUGGAAUCGGUCCUAAGAAUCACCUCGAAGAUCUUGGUAUUCCAGUGAUUCAGGAUUCACCUGGUGUUGGACAGAACCUUCAAGAUCAUAUAUCUUUUGUUGGUCUAACCUUCCUUAUCGACCACGAGAUCAGCAUUGUUUUUAAUCGCUUAUUGAAUAUAAACACCAUAUUGAAAUAUGUAUUUACCGAGAACGGUCCUCUAACUUCGAGUAUUGGUCUCGAAGUAGUAGGCUUUUUAUCGACUAAAUAUGCCAAUCAGACGGACGAUUGGCCAGAUAUAGAAUUUAUGAUUGACUCUAUCGCGAUAAAUAACGUUAAAGAUAUUUUGCAUUACUUCUGCGUAACGGACGACUUUUAUAAUGAAGCCUAUGGAGAAAUCAUUAAUCAGGAUAGUUUCAACAUUUUACCAUUGAUACUCAGACCUAAAUCUCGAGGAUAUGUGAAAUUAAGGUCGAAAAAUCCGCUCGAUUAUCCGUUAAUGUAUCACAAUUAUUUAACAAAUCCUGAUGACGUAAAUGUUUUACGAGAAGGAGCCAAAGCAGCAAUUAGAUUUGGUGAGACGAGUAGCAUGAAAAGAUUAGGGAUAAAAUUUCACAAUAAGCCAUUGCCAAAUUGUAAACAUCUUCCUAUGUUCACGGACGAGUACUGGGAAUGUGUAAUUUAUCAAUACACAAUUACAAUUUAUCACGUGAGCUGUACUGCGAAAAUGGGUCCACGAUCCGAUCCAAUGGCGGUCGUAGAUCCCUCUUUAAAAGUAUAUGGAGUAGAAGGACUUCGAGUGAUCGAUGCUUCGAUCAUGCCUACAAUCACUAGUGGAAAUAUCAAUGCACCUGUGAUAAUGAUUGGUGAAAAAGGUUCAGAUCUCAUAAAAAAGGACUGGAUGUCCAAACAAAAGAGAAGCAAUGAGACUUUCUCAGCCUCUUUCGAUCAACAUUAGACAGUUGAAAUAGGUCUGCGAACGAAAGUAAAAUAUAUAUUUUUAUUAUUGCGUUUUGUAAAGUGAUUGUGAAAACAGAUUGAAUGUUUUAGUUUUUUUAAGGUUUACGUCUCCUUUUUCUUUUUCUGUCGUUAAGAUCCAAUUGUAAUGAUCCAAUUCUAUUCUUGUUAAAAAUAUAAUUAGAUAAUAUUACGAUAUAAACUAACAAAUUGAUUUUUACAAUUUUUUAUUUUGUUAAAAGAAAAACGAUUUGUAACUUUGAAAUUACACUGGAGUACAAUAUUUACAUAUGCAUAUAAUAUAUUUAAAUGUGUAAAUCCAUAAAACAUUUUGCUUUCGGAAUUAACAUUCUUUACAUUCUGGGAUUUUACAAAGUCCCGUCUUAUCAGAAAAGAUUGAUCAAUGAGCUAUUUCAUUCAUUUGCACAUUUUUUUAAUGGAUUUGAUUGAAACUGCAAUUGGUUCUCGUAUUUCCUUUCUUUGUAACUUUUCAUCUACUGAAUAUGACAUAGGACAUCAUCUUUCAGAUUUACAGCAUCUAAACUCUCAAGCCUUCUUCAGAAGCAACCAAUACAAAUAACUGCACAUCAUAUACGAGACAUACAAACAAUUGUAACUCAUUCAAUCAAAUACACGGUGAGAUUUACAUAGCGCGCAUCAUUUAAUAUCGUGCAAUUACUUCUCCAUUUCUCACGGGAUCCUUUAAAAGAACGCGUGUUCUCCCAUUAAUUUGCGGGAACGCGGUGAGCGGUAUUUUACUGACGGCCUACAAACGGUAUCCUAGCAUAGUUCCAUCGCCCUCAUUCAUCGCUAUCAGUGGAUCUAUAGCUCGGACGAGACGAGGGACAUUUCCUCCGUGUGAAUCGACUAUCAUCGCUGGUCCGAUGCGAAAAGCGCAUUUAAAAAUGCUUUCGUCAACAAUCAACAGUACUUUAUUAUCAGACCAUUUCACAACAUUUACAAUUUAUAUCAGUCCUUCAUAACUCUGUUUCCCUUUCUCAUUUCUUCAUCAGAAGAAAACAUACAAUUUUUCAAUUGAUUUGACCAUACAGUUACAGUACUUGGAAUUUUAAAGUUUUUCUAUUAAUUCAAU